CUUUCUAGUUGAUCAGACUAUUCGCUCGAAAUUUUGAGAAUUGAGGGCUCUGCCUCGUAGCAUUCCAAACAUGUUUCGCACGCAAUGCAAAGAGCACGACCACUCGGCAUUUUACAAAUUCUUAAAUAUGGAGCAGAACCACAAGAAUAACGACUGCUACUUUUUCUACUACUCGACGUGCACGAAGGGGGACAGUUGUGCUUUUAGACAUGAGCCCUCGGCACUGGGCUGCGAGGUGAUGUGCUCCUACUGGCAGCAGGGCAACUGCCUGAAUGAGAAGUGCAACUUUAGACACAUGGAGCUCAAGAAAAAUCGCAAGUCGAUUGCGUGUUACUGGGAGUCACAGCGUGGUGGGUGUAAGAAGCCACAUUGUCCAUUCAUGCACACCCAGCCACGUCCAGGGGGUGAGACAACCCCCACAAAAGCCACUGAACUGCCAACAAAACCAGUGAAUCAAGAGUGGUCGAACCGUCCAGAUGACGGUAAAUUCGAUGGAAGUGGAACAGAAUCAGACCAAGGACGUGGUAGCAGCGAGGCAGGAAGUUUCAUCGGCAGUCCAGCUGUCGAUCCUCUUAUCGUCAACUUUGACGAAGAAUCGGACAGUGAGGGUGUUGCACCGUCGCCGAAAAAGGCGCACCAGCCAACGAGGGUGCCGUACUGCAAGACUUACGAGGAGAUCAGACUGGAGGAGAUACAGGCGGAGAGUGCGGCGUACUAUUCAUACACAUCCAAUGAUUAUCCCAAUAGCUCUGGGGGUGGUAAAGAGAAGAGGGUGACGAGUAUAAGAGCAGCGAGGAAGACAGUGUGCCUGUACUCUCUGGGUAAAAACCAGACGAAAUCGAGUGACGACAGCUUGAGCUUCAAAGUGCUGACACUGGAGGAGAUCAAGAGACGAAAGAAUCUGGGGAAUCCCAAGGCCGAGACGCCCGAGACAGUUGCCCUAGAGGCAAAGCCAACGGUGAGGAGAAAAGAGCCGGAGGUUUCACUCGCAAACGCCAUUGAGACCCUGACAGAGCUGAAAAAACUCGAGAAUGAGACACCAGAGUCACGAAAACGUGCGCUGGAUGGGGAAAUCGGGGCAGGUGGAAUUAGCAGUGAAGCCAAAAGGCGUAAAAUCAACCGAAAUACGACAGUUCCACCUGUGAGACUGAGGAGAUCACCCAAGAGAUUCAACCGAACUGAAACACAGACGUCUCGGGUAAUUGGUGAUAAUGAGGGAAGAGACAGUGAACCACAGGAGUGUGAUAAUUCGAGAACUGAGAUUGAAGUGCGUCUCUGUGACAGCAGCACUGAUGAUUCAUCUAAUGUUAAUCAAGUUUCGACUUCAGUGGGUGGGACGACUGGGGCGGGUGUUGAGUCGGUCUUGGCUGAUCCCUCGGAUGAGUUGAAGCUUGAUCAGCUGAUUGAUGGACACACGCACGAGGAGGACGUGGACAGCGCGUCUGAUGAUAUUCUCAAGGAUAUCGAUGCUCUACUGACCGAGAAAACAGUCUGAGGAAUCGGGAGAUGACUCAUUUUAUGAAUAAGAUUGAGAACUUUCGAAUGCUCAUUUCAAUGCGAAUAUUCACGUGGAUGACGAUGCAGACACUCGAUAUUCCGGGCUUGUGACUCUCGUGAUAUAAGAGUUUCGCAAGAGCCUUUGGCCUUGGUUAAUCGUCGGUCAUCAGUGGAGAAUACUAUGAUUUCUGGCGUCUCUUUUGAUCGGAAAUCCUCACGUCUUUCUUAAGUAUUUAGAUUAUUAGAUGAUUGGAUAGAGGAAAGUAGAUUUAGUUAUUAAUAAAUUUAACGCAAUUCGAUUCCUAGUUUUAGUCUGUCACGUGUGAACAAUUGCCUUGAGGAAGAAGGUUCCACCAAUUGUCAACUGGACAUUUCAACAGAUUUUUCAACUGCGCCGUUUAAACUGCGACAAAUCCACUGGGAUUUUUUUAACUACGACACUUAGACUAGGUUUUAAACAACUGCUGAUUGAUUCGACUGAAUUACCAUUAAGUCGCUUGGUGAUGGUUAUCCCUUCCCAUUUUCCUUUGUAUUUAUUUUUGGGGAUUCGGUUGAUAGAGCGACACGAAAGAUCUUUACAAGAUUCAACACAUGGCGAAAACACCUGUUGUAUUGUAAAAACGGCAGUAAAUAUUUUUCAAAAAUACAUUUGAAUCGUUGAAGCUGAAAAAUUUUAGUUUUAAUGUCGCAGUUGAAAUGUCCAGUUGAUAAGAGGUGUCACAAAAAAAAAAGAUUCAGAUGGUGGGACAGGGGUCGAGUCUGAUGGAAACAUUGAAAACAAUUCAGAGUGAAUUUACAAGGGAAUCAUUGUUCAAUGAAAUAUAAGAUUGUUACAUUUUCAA